AUGGCUGGUCUCAAGGUUAUACUCGGCGGCGGGAUCUUUUGGUCUAAAGAUCAAUGGAAUGCUGACAAGCUGCAAAAGUUUCUUGGAUUUCUUGCCGCCGCAGAUGUCAAGGGCAUUGAUACUGCACAGACUUACGGGGAGAGUGAAGCAGUUCUCGGCGAAGCUGGCUCAAGAAGGAAAUUUGAGAUUGGUACCAAGCUGCCGGGAAUCACGGUUCCGGGGUCGUUUCAAACAGAGCAGGUGGUUGAGCGCACUCAAGAAUCUCUGCGGAAGCUCAAAGUCGACCAAAUCGACAUCCUUUAUCUUCACACCCCAGACCCUUCCAUACCUAUCGAACAGACUCUACAAGGCAUCCAGCAGCUGUACACCUCGGGCGCUUUUCGGCACUUCGGCCUAUCGAACUACACGGCUCAAGAUGUGCGCCAUAUCUACGAGCACCAGAAAUCCAAGGGCUGGGUCCUGCCUAGCGUGUACCAAGGAAGCUACAAUCCAAUCUCACGCCACUACGAGACAGACCUUCUCCCGCUUCUGCGCAAGCUAGGAAUAGCGUUCUAUGCGUAUAGCCCAACGGCUGGAGGUUUCCUGGCCAAAAGCAAACAGCAGGUCCUUGAUGGAGUCGGCCGCUUUGGCAAAGAUGGUGGAACCGAGGGCUUGUUUUACAACGAGCUCUACAACAAGCCGGCUUUGCUUGGUGUUCUGACUACGUGGUCUGAGAUCGCUCGAGACGCUGGCACCUCGCCUUACCACCUCGCCACCCGCUGGGUCUCUUACAACUCUGCCCUCAAACCAGAGAAUGGCGACGCCCUCAUAAUAGGUGUGCAUGGCUCGGAGCAGCUGAAGGAGAACCUCGCCGGCCUGAAGCAGGGUCCUCUUCCACCUAGCAUCGCUGAACGAGUCGACGCCGUUUGGGAAAGCGCACGUCAUGAGUCGACAGUCGUUGAUGCGAAUUUCGUCAUGAACGUGAUGAAGAAGAUCAGCCCAAAUUGA